AAAGCAUUUGGCGGCAAGGAUGGAGGUACGAGCGGACCGACUAUUUCCGCGGUCUGCUUGGAAAUGAGAAAGAGAGGCCUUCGCAGUUUCUUCCUUUUAUCUCCAAUUCUCAUUCCGAUAACAGAUUUCUCCAUCAAAAUUUCUCCAUCAAACAUGGCUAGGGCACCCAUGACCGCUUCCGGAGCAUUCACCUCCUCCUCCCCUUCACUUACCACCACCACCGUCAUCUUACCCAACGGUUCCUCUUCCUCUCAACCCCCUGAAACCCUAGUGCUCCGUCUCAAUCGGAAGAAGAAGAAGGUCUCCUGGAAGGAAGGUACCGUCGACAACGAGUUCAUGCAGAAAAAGAGUUCCAAGAAGUGCUGUAUAUUUCACAAGCAGAAACCCUUCGACGAGGACGGCAGCGAUCAGGAGGAUGAUGAUAAUAAUCAUCGUCAUCAUCAUCAUCAUGGGAAUGGGAACCCUUGUUCUUCUGGGGGAAACGGCGGGGAUGGUUCCAGUAGUGUCAAUUGAUAGUCCGGAUUCAGAUGUAAAGCUGAUGUUUGGAAAGGUUACUGGAUUCGUGCGCGCAUUGAAGUUUAUGCUCAAUUGGAGGGUACGCGAUAAUAUUUUCCUUUACACAUGCAUCUGUAGACGGUUGGACAAGACUCUGCAACAGAGCAUUUGAAGCUCACCAUCACCCUUUUGCACGGAAAACAUGGUCCGCAUGCAUGGGAGCAGUCUGGGAGGCUGGAUCCUGUAGGGUAUAACUCCAUACCAAGUACUUCUUUAGUUUUUUCCUGCACAGGCACACAUGACGAAGAAACUGAUUAUGUUAGUAUUGUUUGUCUUGUUCAAGGAGCAUCUGUUCAGAUUUUUCCUAUUCUUCUACCCGACAGGCGAACUUUUGUUAUCUUCAUGCAUAAUGUUUAAAACUAGGUGGAGAAACGUGGGCUUAAAAACAAUACCUGCUGGUGCCUUGAAUGGUUGAUUGUUCUGUGAGUAUCUUCUGCAUUAAAGCUCACUGAAACAUUACACACUUAAAAGGCUUAGAUGUGUCUAAAUCAGAGUAAAAUGUUGAUGCAUGUGUUAUGGGAACAUGAAUGCAUAUUCCCAGCCACUAGAAAAGCAAGAUAAGUUGACAAUAUAAACCA